ACCCCGUCGUCCAAUCCGCCGAUCACACCCCGACUCUCCCUCUUCUUGCCCCCGCUCCGCUGCGCUCCUCACGGGGUACAAGAAGCGCUGAGCCGGGCAUACCCCGCACCGCACACGCGCACGCACAGACCAAAGUCCCCCUUCAAACCCGCUGAGCUAGCAAUGGAGAGCAGCGGCAUCAUUGCGACAUGUACUCCCCAAUGAUUGAUUAUCUCAUUCCCGUCUAAGCUAGAUCUUCUUGAAUCUUGAGACCACCACGGCCUCCUCAUCCCCAGUCGUGCUCGUGCGCCCUUGCUCCCAUCCGCUCCGCCCGAUGACCAACGGCGGCCACAGCAUGAGCGGGGCCAGCAUCGCUGGCGGCGCUGGCGGCUGGCUGGGGUUCUCGCUGUCGCCUCACGUGGCCAUGGACGCGGCCGCCGGCGCCGGCAUCGUCGACGUGGCCGGCCACCACCACGCGCACCACGGCGGGGUCUACUACCAGCCUGACGCGGUCGCGUCCUCCCCCAUGUCCUUCUACUUCGGCGGCGGCGACAAUGUCGGCGCCGCGAGCGGCGGGUACUACUCCGGGAUCUCCGCCCUGCCUCUCAGGUCCGACGGCUCCCUCUGCCUCGCCGACGCGCUCCGGAGGAGCGAGCAGAAACACCACGGGGCGGGGGUGUCGGCGCCGCCGAAGCUCGAGGACUUCCUGGGCGCGAGUCCCGCCAUGGCGCUGACCCUGGACAACUCCGGCUACUACUACGGCGGCCACGGCCACGGCCAUGGCGACGCUGGAGGCGGCCAGCACCAGCUGCCGUACGCCAUGAUGCCUGGCUCCGGUGGCCACCACAUGUACUACGACGCCCACGCGGCGUUGCUGGACGAGCAGGCUGCAGCCACGUCGGCCGCGAUGGAAGCGGCCGGCUGGAUGGCGCGUGCCGGAGACGUCUACGACGUGGACGGCGGCAACGGCGAGGACGGCGGGGGCGCCAUCGUGGCGGCCGGCCACGACAACCCCGGUGGGUACGUACACCCGCUGACGCUGUCCAUGAGCUCCGGGUCCCAGUCCAGCUGCGUGACCAUGCAGCAGGCGGCUGCACAGGCCCACGCCUGCGUCGGCCAGGCGGCCGCGGCCAGCAAGAAGCGCGGCGCCGGCGCCGGGCAGAACAAGCAGCCGGUCGUCCACCGCAAGUGCAUCGACACCUUCGGCCAGCGCACGUCCAAGUACAGGGGCGUCACCAGCAAAAGCAGGCAUAGGUGGACGGGGAGGUAUGAGGCGCACCUCUGGGACAACAGCUGCCGGAAGGAAGGCCAGACCAGGAAAGGCCGGCAAGUUUAUCUUGGUGGGUAUGACAUGGAGGAGAAGGCGGCGAGGGCGUAUGACCUGGCGGCGCUCAAGUACUGGGGCGCGUCCACGCACAUCAACUUCCCGGUGGAGGACUACCAGGAGGAGCUGGAGGUGAUGAAGAACAUGACCAGGCAGGAGUAUGUGGCUCACCUCAGAAGGAAGAGCAGCGGGUUCUCGCGCGGCGCUUCGAUGUACCGGGGAGUCACCAGGCACCACCAGCAGGGGCGGUGGCAGGCGCGCAUCGGCCGCGUCUCCGGCAACAAGGACCUCUACCUCGGCACAUUCAGCGCGGAGGCGGACGCGGCGGAGGCGUACGACGUGGCGGCGAUCAAGUUCCGCGGCCUCAACGCAGUCACCAACUUCGACAUCAACCGGUACGACGUGGACAAGAUCAUGGAGAGCAGCACGCUGCUCCCCGGCGACCAGGUGCGGCGCAGGAAGGACGGCCCCGACGAGAGCGCCGCCGUGGUGGCCAGCGCGGCGGCCGCCCUCGUGCAGGCCGGCAGCGCCGCGGAUUACUGGAGGCAGCCUGCGGCGGUGACCACGGACGAUCAGAGCCGCCACCACCUGGACCUCCUGUCGAGCGAGUCCUUCUCGCUGCUGCGCGGCGUGGUGUCCGUGGACGGCGACGCGGCUGGUGCUCAGCAGGGGCAGGGCAACCGCAUGUCGGGCGCGUCGUCGCUGGCCACGAGCCUGAGCAACUCCCGGGAGCAGAGCCCGGACCAGGGAGGCGGCCUGGCCAUGCUAUUCGCCCGGCCCGCGGCGCCGAAGCUGGCGAGCUCGCUGCCCAUGGGCACCUGGGUCUCAUCGCCGGCUCCGGCCAGGCCCGGCGUCUCGGUGGCGCACAUGCCAGUGUUCGCCGCGUGGGCCGACGCGUGAGACUGACUUGCUCGACUACAGCGUCGUCCUUUUGGUGCUGCAUCCACGAGGAGAUAGCAAGAUCGUUUAACUAGGGCUGGUUACUUAGCAUUAGUAGCUGCGUUAGCAAGGAACUGUAAGGUGGUUUAUUAGCCAUAGCUGGUAGCUUAGUGGCGCAUGCAUGCAUCUGCCUGGGCUCUCGUGGUUCCUUCUCCAGCUGCGUCUGGGACGAAGGGUUUUUGUAGUAUCCGAGCCAUGGCACGGCAGCAGCAGCGUUGCCGCCGGUCCGGCGGAGAGCCGCCGCUGAUCGGAGCUGGAUGGGUAGUGGUAGCUCCUGUCUCCAGACCUCCUAACUUUCAUCAAACCAAAAUGUUCGACCUUCGUGUUCAUGUGACUUGGCCGCGUGUCUGAACUCUGAACUUUCUUGCUUUCUGGGGUUCUCUUUGCUCGGGCUCGUGUAGUCACGGACUCGUCAGUGCCCCGGGAUCCUCAUGUUUGAUGCAGCUUCAGUUUCGUACCGGAAUCGCUGGCUGUCCUUGACAAUAUUUACACUGUUGGAUUGGGGGCGACUAGUAUAGAAAAGCAGCUUGUGGUGCAAAAAUAGAAAACUCAAAGCUGGACCACUCGAUUGAUGACGGAUGGCACAGAUUCAACUGGUGGGAAUGUGUACACACAAAUGCGUGCUUCUGUUCAAAAAGGACCUUCGUUUCUACCGAAUUUGCUUCUGAAUGUGCCAUCAAACGACGGCCACCCCUCUCCCAUCUCCCCUGUUGCUUCCAGACGGCGGCGGCGCUUCAGAUCCGGUGCCAAGCGCCUCUUCCUUCCCCUUCCUAGCUACUCUUACUCAAGGCCACCUGAUUCCUCUUACUGGCCGACACCGGAAUCACGCUCCAGAUAUUCGAGCGGCAACUGGCCGCCGUCACGACGGUGAACUCCACGGGGGGCUGCGCCCCGCUCGUGUAGGUGCCUAGGAGGCACUGCGUGGCAUUCGCCGUGCCCGCCUCCGACGCAUCUACGGCGAGAAUGAGCUCACCCUGUCCGCGCCCAAGCUGCAAGGCUGAUGCUAAUCUGAAGCCAUUUUGAUGUUAAUUUGGAGCCAUUUCUUUGCCGCUAUGCACAGUCCAAAGCUGAAGCUAUGUUUUAGCUUGUUGUUCGUUAAUCUGUGGUGGGCUCCUUGGCUCCUUCCGAACCAGCCUGUGUGACAUGGUGCAGACCUACAAGGCGUCAUCACAAUGAUUAAUUUCCCUGGACAGAAGCUCGAUGAACAGGAAACACUGCAUCUGGAGGCAACCGUUGUGUGCCAUCAAGAUAGCAACGUUGAUGUAGUUCUUAAUGGCAAUGCUUGUCGAGCCAUGAUUAUCAUAUUCCUUCAGACUCAGCAGUGCCCGUCAUGUACCAGAGUUGAUGCAAUUUCCGCUAGUAAUUCUUGUUGAUCCUGUCAUGUUAUUGAAACCUGAUAUGAAUGCCUUCUUGUGUUAUGCCUGGGAUGUUCUAGUUUGACAUGUACCCAAAAAAUGUGGCGGGGAUAGUCCAGUUUGACAUGCAGUCAAGCAUUUGUGCCUAGAAUGGUCCAUUUUAACAUGUAUACACAAUUUCCUGUGCCUGAGA